UACCCGAGAGUCGAGGAAACAGAUUAUCAACUUCAAGAUAUUUUCGUUUCCGCAUUACACAUAUGCUGCGGUCGGUGUAUCGGCGCGCCGAGACCAGACGGAUGGUAUUCGACUCUACUCGAGGCGAAGAGGUAGAGGGAAGCCAGUGCUCCAAUGACGGGAACCUCGUGCGUGCCAGUCGUGUCGUGGAUUGGAUCUGAGACUAAUCAAGUGAUGAGCGAAUCCUACAAGUUAGUUAUUUCUCUUGCAAUUCGGUAUUCCUCAACAACGAAGAGGAAGAUGCAGUGACGUAUUAUCUUCGCCGAGCCCGGCUGCUUCGUACGUGCAACAUAUUCGCCGCUCUCGUCGACCUCUAAGUUGUGUCUUCGAGACUUGAGAAUUGUGAGGAAGGAGAAGGGAAAAAAGUACAGUGAGUAUUCUGGUGGUUUUCUGCCUUAAGUGUGUGCGUCGAUUAUUCAUUCUCGAUCCCUGUUGUGAUUUCAAGAAUGUGACAAGUGUACUACCUUAAAAAAUUAACCCGGCGAUGUCGAGGAUAAGAAUCGUCGAGCCGGUGGGCCAAAAGUAACAUGUCAGCCGACGACGUCCGAGUUUCGGUCGCGUUGUUAUGCGGUGCCAGAUUUUCGCCGAGGGUGGCAAGGGCACCAGCCAAGGAGUUGCUGAGCCAGCAACAUCAGCAGAGUCAGAGUCAGAUUUAACAACACUAAGGCAAUUCGAAGUUUUCGAAUCCGUGUGUGCGGUCCGACGGGCUUUUACCGAUAGUCGCGUUCGACCUAGUGAAACCCGAAACUUGCGUGAGGAUAGCGCAACUAGUGACGAGGAUAUACAUUUUCAUCCAAGUGUCGUGAAAGUGCUGGUGAAAUAAGUGAGCGGUCGACGAUUGCAAACCAAGAUCGGUGCGAAGUGUAUGCGCGCGAGCCCGAGCCGCGCCAGUCGACCGGCCGGCCCGUUCGUAAACGUAAACGUAAAUGAAAGUUCAAGGUCGCGCCGCGGUUUCCACCGGAGUCGAGUAGAGUUUAAAGUGCUUGGAUCGAAUUCCGCGAAACGAAAACUAGCAGUUCAUAUUAUUUCCUCGUGAAAGGUUGCAAAGUACUGGCCCCCAAAUGCGCGUACGGCAACUCCUGUUUCAUGUUCAUGUUCUGGAGCAAACGGACGGUGCUCACUAGACGUCUCCUUAAGGCCAAGGUCCGUGGAGAGCAUGAAACCGAGUGUGAAGCUCAAGAGGAUUCGUCGCGAGUUUACGUUGCUGCAGCUACGAACAAUUUUCAGGCGGAGGAGGAGAACGGACAAGACAAGGGUCGGGAGUCCAAGGAGUGCAGCAGGAGGACUACGAGGAGGAGGAGGGCCACGAGCAAGUUACACCAGAGCUGUUGUGGCGGUGAUCGGUUGCAGGAUGACGAGGAAGAGCCGAGCCGACUAACCCGGUGCAAGGAGUUGCUCAAAACUCUUAAGGAGAAUCAAUUAGAGAUGCUUUUAACCGCGGUCGAAAGUUACGGCGCCGACCUGGGUUCUUGUGUGCUGGUACCGCGUGCGAAGCAGGAGUCUGAGUCAAAUCCGCAUAACCAUCGACCCUACCGCCACCAUCACCACUACCAUCAUCAUCAUUACCUGCGUCAUCUGAACCAUCACUAUCACCAUCAUAGACAUCAUCAUCGGUACCACUGCUGUUCCUUGGAGGAUAAGGAUGAACAGCAGGAGCAGCAGCCCAGGCCAACAGGCGAUGAGCCGAUUCCGAAUGUGACGAAUCCUGGUGCGUUGAGAGUUGAACGUGAUCGGUGCCGGGUUCCGGUUAGGGGAUCCUCGACGGAUUUACCGGCCAUGGACCCACAUCUCCUCUGCUGCCAGAUCUGGCGGUGGCCGGACCUCGCCCACUCCUCUGAACUCAAGAGACUUCCUGUCUGUCAUUCCGCCAAAGACCCCGUUUAUGUAUGCUGCAAUCCCUAUCACUGGAGUCGGCUCUGCAAACCUGAGUCGCCGCCACCUCCCUACUGCCUUAUCGCAGACAGACUGAGACCUGAAGAUCGAGCACCAAGCGAAGGGGAUUCUUGUCGAUGCAGAAACACCACACCAAUGCCUCUUCCCGGCUCCCUCACCUCAAAUGGAGAAGGAGAGUCAGGAGAGAAGGAAUGGUGUACGCUGGCUUACUGGGAAUUAGGUGGCCGUGUCGGUCGCCUUUAUCCUGUGGAGCCAGAGACUGUGAAUGUCUUUGAUUCCCUGCACGAUGGAGAUGGUCUCUGCUUGUCGACCCUCGCCGAAAAUUAUCCAGCACCGCCUGCGGUUCAAAGGACCCGCAGCAAAAUUGGACUCGGUCUGAUGCUCAGUCAGGAAUCGGAUGGCGUGUGGGCUUACAACAGGUCGGAAAGUCCAAUCUUUGUAAACUCGCCAACCUUAGACGAUCCGGAGUCCAGAACGCUUCUGGUCUACCGAGUUCCAUCAGGUUUUUGCCUAAACAUCUUCGACCGCACCAAGACUUUGCCGCGACCUUUUCCGUCAUCAACCCUGAAGACGUCAUCGUCCAGUACCACGUCGACAAAUUCGAGCUUCGUCUCGGGUCCAGUUGACGUCAACUCCGUCCGCAUCAGCUUCGCUAAGGGCUGGGGUCCCAAGUACUCAAGGCAGGAGGUCACCUCCUGUCCAUGUUGGCUCGAAGUCCUCCUUGCACCUUGUAGGUGAUCCUGUCUGCAACCCGCAGAUUUCUGCAGGUCAUCAAAUACAUUUCCGUCUAAGCCCAGACGACAAAGAGGGCUCAGGCUGGUCUUCCGGACUCGAGAUCGCUGCUCACUACCAAAGCGCAAUUAUUUUGCGAUCCUCAUCGAUCACGGGCGGACCAGAGGAAGCUUCGCCUCUCUUCAGGCCGAAGCACGCCGACAGACAAAGAACUGAUAUUUCCUCCCAACCGGUUUGUCCGGAAAAGUUUUCCGAGGAAGAGAACUCUUCGUUGAAUGCUGAUAAUCGCUCCCAGAACUCCUGGGAAUUAUAUGAAGAGUAUUUUGUAAUUCAACUAAGAAUUGAAUGUAGAGAAAUUGAUGUGAGGGGUACAUAAGUUCGAAUUUGGUAUAGACUCUAGAGUGUAGACCAAGUGCACGACUGUAUGGUAGUUAGAAAUGAUUUUAAAAAAUUGCAAUGCAGUGAAGAUUCAAUUAAUUUCUAUAUCAUUUGUAUUAGGAACAGCAACACUGUCAGCUUUCAGCACUGGACAAUCUUAAAGCUGAGAUUUCUAAAUACAUUUUUCUCAAACUGGAAAAUUGCCAAUUUAGAAUACUUUGACGACGAAAUCUCUUGAUUAUUUUGUACUAAGAACUACAAUUUUUUCUAUAAUUUUAUAUAACGUACUAAAACUGUGUAGAAAAUCUUACAUAUGUAGAUUUCUCUACUGGAAAUUUAUUUUCUCUAUAUAAUACUAGAAAAAUUGACAGUAAAGUAGAACAGUGUGAAAAGUGCAAUUUUUGGUACUUUCAAUUUUUUUACAAUUUUUAUAUAUUGUAAUUUAUUGUAUUUUGUUCUGAAAGUACAUUUCCCACAAGACACAUAGUAGAAAUUUAAAUUAAAUCAUUAAUUUGUUGUAAAUUUAUAUAAUUUAUUGAGUUGAUGUAUCACAAAUCACAAAAUUGUUAUUGUGAUCACAAUAACAAUAUUGUCAUCCUCCCCUCAAACAUAAAAAUAAGAAUUAGAAGCCUUCAAAAUCAAAAAGUGCUACAUAUUUACAAAUUGUAAAUGUAACGUGUUUACAAAUUAAAAAUUUCAAAUAGAGUCAUUUAAAUCUUUUACUAACCUAUCUACGCCAUUUGGAGAAAUUAUGUACCCUGCAAUUGAUAUAUCUUGGCAAAAAUCAAGAUCUAGAGUGAUUGUCAUUUCUCUAAUUACGAUCUAGAAAAUGCAUGAAAAUCUUUUCCAGUCUACUUCCAGGGACUUAGCCUGAUAGACUUGUUAUUUAAUUGUAUAAGUCUCCGUAACCUGCUUUAGCAUGAGAUCUAUGCAAAUUAACUGAUUUGCUAAAGCAACGUAAUAUGUGUUUUAGAACAAAGUACAGAGUCUUCUGAAAAAGCAGAAUUCUCUGAAAACAGAACAAUGCCGCGAACAAAAUAGCAUGUCGUGCUAAAUCAGGUUCUCGGUGACUCGAGAUUGCGGCUUCGUCGGGAGACGAAUUUAAAACCGUUUCAAAAUUUGUUUCGGCGACAAGUGCACAUAAAACGUGCCUUCCUGCUUCCUUCUUGGUGCAAUAAACUCAAUAAAAUUUCUAAAUUUAAACUAAAGCGCCUUCGUCGUCGGACACGUGUUUUUAUUCCCCACAUUAGGAAGCACAAAACGGCCAUUCGAGGAAGAAAAAUUAACUUUUAUCUGCACGUGUGCACAGACUCAUCCAUGCAUACAAACAUACGCACACACAUCUACAUGCAUACACACCGUCUCCAAAAAGAGCGUUUCGAACGAAUGAAUAGAGUAUCGUAACGCGCUUUUGUCACAUAUUGUAUACGUAUUCAUUCGUACAUUAGGAAAAAUCAUCCAUUGUCAAAAUCGCACACACGAACACAUGCACACGUAAAUAUAAUGCGCGCCUAAGUGGCGCAAACACUCAAUCGACUGAUCGACCCGUAGUUUUUGAACCGUUAGUUAUUUUUGUACAACCGCUUUUAUAGUCGUAAAAGCGGACGGUACUUAAUGUUAUGCGAUUUACCGAAUACGGAUUACGAAUUAGAAGAAAAAAGAAAAUCGCAAACGACAUGUGGUGAUGUGUAUAUGUCGCGCAAAAAGUUCUGUAAUACGCAUAGGUAGAUAAAUGUUUCUACGUAAGAUUGACUUUUUAGAUCAUUGAAAAUAAUUGUAAUAACGAUAACGAGUAGUGAAAGAAAAUGGUUUCUUUUGACCGUGAGAGAUCACUUUUCCUAUUUAUUAUUUCAACCAGAAUCUGGAAUAUUUAUCAAAGUAGAUUCUUGGCGAUUGGAGACAGAUGAAAAAACGUUGGCCAAAAUUAAUGACCAGUAGACUGACAAAAUUUAAGAUCUUCGAAUUAGAAACAACAAUACUUGUAAUUAUUUAUUUAUUUAUAUUUGUUGAUUUAAAAUCUUAAAUAUUGAAUUUGUCGUCAAUCUUGAGAGUCCAGUCUUUGAGUUUGUAAUAGGAAUAAAGUUUAUUUUCUGGUAAAUGUCAGGACCUGAAAGGAUCUGUAGUUCGUACAAAAUUAAAAACUACUUUUUUUAUUAAAAAAAAAUGAAAAACUCUGAUAUCUUUCUUUCUUAUGUAUUAAAAUAAGAAAAAGUAAUCUGAUUGAUUUCAAACCUAAUUUGUUAUCUGUAAAUUACUGUAAAGUUCAUUCAUUAGAUCAGAAAUAAAAUAAAAGUGGGGACAGCGCUGAUUGCUAUUACAAUUAUUUUUCCACGCGUUUCUAUUUAUAAAUUUUCUAAGCCACAGCGUUUUGUAGAUAAUAUUAUUUAUAUUCUGUACGAUAGAGUGAAGGCGAAUUCAGUAUAUGGUGUUUGUACAGAAGUACUGUAAUUAUUACAAAUUUUAUAAACUAUAGACUGUUGUAAAAGGCCGGUGUUGAAAACGAUUAAUGGAAUAUUGCGAAUAUAUAAGAGCAAAUUAAAAAUUAUGAAUUCCGUCUUUUUCUUCUAUUCUUCUAUUACCUGUAAGCGAUCAGUGCCUUGUCGCUUUACGAUUGACGAUUGACGAUUUUUUAUAUCUCCAAAUAGUCAAAUCGAGUAUCUUAUUUUAAUGAAAUGAAGGGGAGGUCCGGUACAUCCGAAAAUGCCAUCUUGCGUCGCAUUUGCUUCUGAGAAGACUUAUUUAAUUUCUUUUUUUUUUAUUUCUCGACUAAUUUCUCAUUUUUGUUGCGAGGCAUGCUUGCAAUUUCGGCAUAUUCCGUGCUCCAAGCAACGUGACGUGCCAUUAUUAAUAAUAAUUAUAUAGUAAUAACACUAAUAUUAAUGAUUCAAAGACGUUUACUAUCGCCGUUUUACCUCCCCGUGUCUUAUGGUUUGUCCUUAAUUCAUAGACAGGCGUAAUUUUCUUUCAGGAAAUGUAUUUUUACAAUUAAAUACAAAAAAGUACCAAAAUACGAAAAUUAUAAUUUUUUUUAGACAUUUGUAAUUACUCAUAAAAUUUUGUACUAGUGUCCGUCAAAAAAGUGCGAAACUAAAAAAAAACAGCCAGAAAUUGUAACUUCACAUGUAAUUACAAGUUUCUAGACAAAUUAAAAGUUUCACAUUAUUGUACUUUAUUGUAAUUUUGUUGUAUUUUGAUUGUACAAGCGCAUUUCCAUUAGGGCUGGUAGAGCAUGAGAAGCUACAAAAUUUCUCUAUUAUUAAAAAAACGUGACAAAACGUUAACAAUGAUUUAAAUUUGCGUAUUAAAUAAUAAUUAAUCAGUAAAAGAAAACAUUUGAUUUCCUCGAAAAGUUAGUUUGAAAAAAAUGUACAACUGGAUAAUUGUUGUACGUUUAAUUGCAGUUUCACUAAAGUAGGGAAACAAAGAAUGAUGAAAAUGUUUGCAAACAAACUGAAAAUUACAAAAAAAUUAUAUUCUUUGUAAUUCGCCUUUUCACGUAUUUUAUUAUGUUGUAAAGUUUGUACUUACUACUACUUUAUUGUACAUAAUGUAUAUUUUUUGUAGUUUCUUACACAAUUUUUGUAUAUUACAAAAGUUUAGAACUACUUUAACAGCAAAUGCAUCACAUUUUUUCUUAUAGAAAUCCGAUUUAUAUUACGCUUGUCAAUGAUUUAAAUUAUUCUGGAUGGAUGAAACGAUCGACCGCUAAGAAUGAAGACAGCUAGUUUUCCUAGGGUUCACGUCUGUGAGACAUAGUGCCUUUAUAGCAUUCACUGUUAAUUAAAUUAGUGAUUAAAAUUGAAAUUAUUACUAAUAAUAUAUACUAUAUUGUUGUUAUUGACAAAAGGCGAACUUACUUCGUUCACUCGUCUCUAAAGUUUUUCCUCAUUUUUAAAUUGAAAUUUUCCCACUUUCAUGCAAGUUUUUACUGAUCGGAAAGGCGAAACCGACUGAGUUAAAUAAUUCGCACGAUCUAUUAUAUCGCUUUAUAAUGUCUGGCUCGAUGAAGCAUGAUUUUUCUUCGUUUGGUUUAUGUUCUAGUCAUUUUGGAAAAUUGAAAAAAUUGGUUAUGACGUUGAAGACAAUUGGUCUCGUUUUGCGCAAUGUUUUUUCGAGCCGUACUGAAAUCAAAGUCGAGACUCGAUCGAACUACACAAUUUGAAACCGUACAAGAAAAAUCUUCAAGAUGGAGAAAAAGUAAAUGAGGAAUUGAGCAACAAUCGUGACGUGCAGACAAUCAGAGGCAGGAUUAAUAAUCAAUAUCAGCGAAGAAUAGAUUUUUACACAAUAAGAAUGGACUGACGCCGAAAGAAAUUGAAUUCUUGCGAGGUACAAGGUGUUCGACAAUCCUUCUCUAGAUUAAUCGCACUCACAAAAAAAUAAAUAAAAAAUUUUUUAAACGUUUGAAAUUAGUAUUCUUCUGAAAAUUCAUAAGAAUUGUGCGUACACAAAUUGAAUAGAAACAUGUACAACACUUUUAACCAAAUGCAAUUUUUGGAAGGGAGAGCUAGAAAUUUUCCGAAAUGCACAAAUUUAAAGAGAGACAUCUGAAGCAAUUCUGGAAAAAGGCUUGUUAAAUUUGUAAUUCGACAAUCUCUGAAAUGAUCGAUCGAGUCGAGGGCAGCGUAUUUAGAAAAAAGUUGAUGCAUUAUAGAUACGAAGUUUGUACGAAGUGCGCAAGUUUUAACUGGGCAUUUGAAAAAAAACGGUUGAUACCCUGGCGAACUACAAUAAUUAAUGUUUAUUGUAUAUAUCUUGUACAUAACAACCACACACGCACACGCGUAAUCGUAUAUUAUAUAUUAUAUAUGUAAAUAUUAUUAUUACUGCUGUAAUAAUAUAGAUAAACGAUUAAUAAGAAAUUAAUUAAGCAAAAAAUAAUGAUAUUGUAUAACAAUUGUAAUUAUUUAGGUACAUCCCGAAAACUUAUAUAUUAUUUUAAAUAUUACUAUAUUCAAUUCCAAACGAGUAACAUGCUUAAUAAGCGAUUAUGAUGUAUCGAUGAUCAAGGGAAACCCUCCUUUCAUUUUUACGAAAAAUAUACGAAAUUAUGAAUUUGUA